AUGACCACAAAGGUUCUGUGGCAAAUUGGCCUGUUGCUUUUGCUUGCAUCUGAAAUGAUAUCACUGGACUGUGGUCUAAUUGUGCAAUAUCAAAAGGAUGAGAUCGGGAAGACCAGAACACUUCUGGAAACAAUGGGAGGACCCUGGAAUCUACAGGAAUGCCCUGAAAAUCCAGACUUUGGCUUCCCCUUGGUCAAAAUCUGCACAUGCAGUAAAGAGGAUGCAAGAAUGGCAGUAGGACUUAUCAUUGAGUCCAUCCAAAUAGUAUUUCAGCAUAACUUCACCCAAGCACAAUGGAAUGCGACAGCCACAGAGCUUUUCCAAAGAGUCCUUGACCAACAGUAUGUAACGUGGAGGAGAUGCUCUACUGCUGAGGUUGGAAACAGGGCAGCAUUUAAAGACCUCUGUGUAAAGUUAGCAAUGAAGAAAUACUUCAGGAAACUCCAUAUGUUCCUUAGAGACAGACAACACAGUCUUUGUGCCUGGGAGAGAGUGCGAGAUGAAGUUUCGGUGAUCUAUCCUAUAGUUCUUAAUGAACUUAUGAAAAGACUUGAAAAUUAA